GAGGGCGUACGCCUCGUUUCCCCCAAACACAUUGUUGGAAGCGGCUUGAUAAACGCUUAUGAAUUACCACUCGGAUAAUAUUACUUGAAGGGAAUCCAUUACCUUUGAGCACCUAUUUUCCACACAUCGUCGUUUAUAUUUGCUGCUGGAUGGUCACAGCCGACCCGGUGGUCACCAUGACAACAGACGAAGCAGAGAGUCACCAGAAGAAGCCAAGGCAGCAGGAGGAGGCUGGCCAGGAAGCCAAGCCAUCCUCUCCAGAGGAGGAGAACCUCCGGCCUGGCGUCCGCACCUCUGCUGGCCGUGGCCUCUCCCGCCUCUUCUCGUCCUUCCUGAAGAGACAUUCUCAGUGUGAGAGCGAGGGCGGGGACAAGGGGGAAAAGGACAAAGAAGAAGCCAAAGCUCCCAUUGCUGACCCCGAGCCUGAGCUCAAGAUAGACGGAGAGGUGGCUCACGACCAGCACUCGGUCAGCAGCGCCGAGGCCCAGGCCGCCCAGGUAGAGAAGAAAGAAGCUCAGAAGGAGGAGGAGGUGGUGGAGGAGGAGGGGAAGGAGGAGGCCGGGAAAGACAAAGAGAUCGACAAGGAGAAAGCAGAGGUCUCCACGCUGGAGAAAGAGGAGGACAACAACAAGGAGGAGGAGACGGAGAAAGGGAAGGAGGGUGGCUCUGAGGGCGGCAGUAACAAAGACAAAGAAGAGAAGGCCACAGAGGAGGAGGAGCCGAAAAUUCCCAAAACUCCACGUCGCCCCAAAACCAUGCAGAUUAAAGUCACCCUGCUGGACGACACUCUGUAUGAGUGUGAGCUGGAUAAACACGCUAAAGGCCAGGAGCUGUUCACGAAAGUAUCCGACCACCUCAAUCUGCUGGAGAGAGACUAUUAUGGUCUGGUUAUCUGGGAGAUGCCCAACGUGAAGACUUGGAUGGACCUGACCAAGGAGAUCCGCAGGCAGGUGCAAGGUGCCAACUAUAAUUUCACAUUCAAUGUGAAAUUUUAUCCACCGGAUCCAGCCCAACUGUCUGAAGACAUCACAAGGUACUACUUGUGUCUGCAGCUACGCAAAGACAUCCUGCAAGGGCGUCUGCCCUGCUCCUUCGUCACCUUGGCCCUGCUGGGUUCCUACGCCCUGCAGUCAGAACUGGGCGAGUACGACCCCGAGGUGCAUGGCAGCGACUACACCAAGGAGAUGAAGAUGGCUAACGGGCAGACAAAGGAGCUCGAGGACAAGAUGAUGGAGCUUCACCGCACUUACAAGUCAAUGAGCCCAGCUCAGGCCGACAUGAUGUUCCUUGAGAACGCCAAGAAGCUGUCCAUGUAUGGAGUUGACCUCCAUCAGGCCAAGGAUCUCGAUGGCGUUGACAUCACGCUGGGAGUUUGUUCCAAUGGACUCAUGGUUUACAAGGACAAACUGAGGAUCAACCGUUUUCCGUGGCCCAAAGUCCUGAAGGUGUCAUACAAGCGCAGCAGCUUCUUCAUCAAAAUACGGCCAUCGGAGGUUGAACAGUACGAGAGCGCUAUCGGAUUUAAACUUCCCAAUUACAAAGCGGCAAAGAAACUGUGGAAAGUCUGCGUGGAACAUCACACCUUCUUCAGGCUCACGUCCACUGAGAUGGUCACCACUCCCAGGAAGUUCUUGGCGUUGGGCUCCAAAUUUCGCUACAGUGGUCGAACUCAGGCUCAGACCAAACAAGCUAGCUCUCUCAUCGACAGACCGGCUCCACUUUUCCAGCGAUCUUCCAGCAAGAGGAAUUCUCGCAGCAUGGAUGGAGCCAUGGCGUCCACUCCAGACAACAAAUCAAGCCGCCCAGUGAGCGCGCCCAUCAUGUCGCCCGUGUCUCCAGGGGAGAACACGCCGUCCCCGCUGCUACACAACCUUCACCUCGCCACGCGCAGCAACAGCUCCACACCCAAGUUCCACCGCUCUGUCGACAGGAAGUCGGACAUCAAGGGAUCCGCUAAAAAUCAGAGCCCCAAACCUGAGUCCACUCCAGAAAUCAAGACAUUGGCCAGAAGAGAACGGAGGCAUUCCCCCUCUGUGACCAAGACCAACGGGGAACGAGAGAAAAAGAGCCAGCACUCUCCUCAGGACAAAACAAAGAUGGAGAUGAUGCGAGUGAGGAAGAAACGAGCUAAGAAACUUGAGGGUGAAACUAUUUAUAUCAGACAUAGCAAUUUGAUGUUGGAGGACGUGGAUAAAACCCAAACGGAGAUCAUGCGUCACCACACGAGCAUCAGUGAGCUGAAGAGGAGUUUCAUGGAGUCGGUACCUGAACCCCGACCCAGCGAGUGGGACAAGCGCCUUUCCACCAACUCGCCUUUUCGCACGGCAAACGUCAACGGCCAGCUACAACCAGCGUCUCCGGUUUUGAAGACCCAGACAAUCACCAUCUCAGAUGUCACCAACUCUCUGAGAGGAACUGUGGCCUACAAGGACGUCCCUUUAGUUCACACUGAAACCAAGACCAUUACAUACGAGUCAGCGCAGGUUUCUCUCCCACAGCCGGUGGACACCUUGGCGGAACGGGACUCGGGGGUUCUGCUGAGUGCCCAGACCAUCACAUCGGAGACCAUCAGCACAACCACCACCACCCAGAUCACCAAGACCGUUAAAGGAGGAAUCUCCGAGACUCGCAUAGAGAAGAGGAUCGUGAUUACUGGAGACACCGAAAUUGACCACGAUAAGGCUUUGGCUCAGGCUAUUAAAGAAGCAAAAGAACAACACCCAGACAUGUCGGUCACUAAAGUGGUUGUCCACCAGGAAACGGAGAUUUCUCCCGAGUAAGACGAGCUACCCCCCCCCCCCCACUACCACUACCACACUCACUUUUUUACCUCAGACCUCUGAGCCACCCCCCAACAACACUCACUGCCUUUGAUAGAAAUCACCAAGACCACAUCAGACGGACUGACUUGCACCGCUGGACUAUGAACUUUAACGUUCUGACGGAAAAUUCCCAAGAAUCUUCUCAGUUCCCUGUCUUGUUCCACUUACUGCCAAAAAAAAAACAUCAACCAAUGGACAAUGUUCUUUUUUUUUAAAAGAAAGAAUUAAAAAAAAAAAAAAAGUAGAGCAGUUGUGAAAUAACACUUCUCCGAAUUUGGAGAUUUUUAGAAAUUUUUCCAAAAAAAAAAAAAAAAAAAAAGGGCAUUUGGUCUUUUAAAUCUUGAAGAUAAACUGUACUUUAUUUUUCUACAGCUUUUCUUACCAACAAUUGGUUAUCAGCAAUGUGGAGUUUUUAAACAAUGUGGUCAAACAGCAUCAACGCACAGGGAAUGUGGGGGGGUUUCUUGGGAUGGUACACGUCCAAUUCCCAUUUGUACAGUCCGUGUUUCAGUUUCCCUUUCAAUGUGAAAAAUUAUUUUUUUUUUUCAAUAUGGGAAAAAUUUUUUUUCCUUUCUCUUACCUUAUUUAAUUAAUUGUUAAAUUCAUUGUUUGGUAUUUAUUGUUGUCGUGCUUGUAACUAACGAGAUAUUAACAUUAUUUAUUCUCACCUGCACUGUAAGAGCAUACGUAUUGUAUGUAUUGUACCUAUUAUUAUUAUUAUUAUUAUUAUCAUUAUUAUUAUUAUUUUCAUUUAGCAGCAUUGGACACGUGUAUUCCUACUCAGCGUGGCAGUACUUUGGUAUCCGGUGGUAGUACACGUACACAAUAAAAUUUAUUGAAGCCACAUCAUUACUAAUUCGGUUUUACCCUGCUGGAGGCUAUACAGUGGAACCUUGGUUAGUGUACGGAAAUUUAUGCUACAAUUUUGCCUUGGUUUGCGUACAUUUUUCCCGUUAGCAUAGUUCCUUGUGUAUACUGUGUAUACACUAAGUUUAAAAAAAAUA